AUGGCAGUUCCCCGUGAUUGUCAACGAGGUCCCAAGAUGGUCUACUGGAAAGCGGCACAGGGCACAGUACCCGCCACAGGCUCGAAUACCCGGAUUAGCCUCGCCACGCUGACAGCUUCCGCCACAGUCUGCAUUCCACACGUAGGAGGCAGCAUGGUGUCUCCAGCCCACCCCUGGAAGUGUCCUUCGGCCAGGUGCCUCUUCUGCCAGGCUGAAGCUUGCGACACCGACACCAACCUGGGGCAUAUGCGCAAAGCACACGGACUCCUGAUCCCGGCAACGGAUCGUCUCAUCGUCGACGUUGGAACCCUGCUCGGCUACCUGCACGUCGUGAUAUUCGACUUGAAAGAAUGCAUUCUGUGUCACACGGCUCGGAGGACCGCUAGUGCCGUGCAGCAGCACAUGACGGGCAAGGGCCACUGCAGGAUCGAUCUGGAGUCGGAGAAUGCUGAAAUGCUCGAGUUCUACGAAGCGGAUAAUGAGCUGGCUCGCUCGAGACAGUGCAUAGCGGAAACCCAUGAGAGUCCGGAAAUGCAAGUGAUCCGCCCCUCGAUCAAAUGA